AUGGGUUACCCCUCUGGGAAUUUCCCUACCUCCACGUCCUUCGCUUCUUCCAGUGAUGUCGAGCCGCGGGCCCGUCUUGUCUACUCGAACCCGUUACACAUUGCCCCAACUUCCCCAUUUCCACCACAGAGCCAUGGGCUGGGGAUAUCAUACUGUGACCUAGAGCCUUCUACCAGCUAUCCGCAACAAUAUCCGUCAUCGGAAAGUUGUACCGCAGAUUGGGCCCAACCAAUACCCGCGACAAUCUCCUUCGGGUGCUCGUUGAAUACUACAAGCCUUACAUCGGCAGGGACAUUCUACGAGCGCUACGCCGGAUCUGAGACUUCUGCAUCACCUCUCAGUUACUGUGGCCCGCAAGCAAUGAGCACUUCAUCGAGUCGCGGAUCGGCGUUGGAAUUUCGAGCAGGACCAGACACAAUGAACACACAUCCGUACAGCUUUUGGCCAAAUACCCCUUGCUCAGAACCUGACAUCACCAUAAAAGAAGACCCCGACGCCGAUUAUAACGACAGCUCGUAUGUGGAACAUACAAAACCUACUUCCAUGCCUCUCUUUGCCCCUGUGGCACACCACAGGAAGACGGACGAUUUUUUACCCAAGCUGGAAAGCUCUGAAGACGAUACAAGAGGACCUACAGUAAUAAGCCAUGAUACCGAUCCUAGUUUGCCGACAACAACAUCGACAUUUCCAGUUGGGGUAAUCCCCCCAUGGAGCACGGAUAAUGAAAAACCACAUGAGCCCGAUCAAGUGAGGUUUCCGCCUGCGAGUGGACUCGAAUGUACCAUCUGCGGGGCUCGAUUUACCCGUCGUUCAAACUGUCGGGAGCAUAUGAGGAGACAUGACCCUAACGCGAGAAAGUCAUUCCCUUGCGAAGACUGUGGGAAGUCCCUGGGCCGGAAAACUGAUCUCAAAAGGCAUAUCGAUAGUACAUGCAUCAGAUGGAUGCAGACGUGGUCGGAGAUUCAGUGA